UUACUUUUGACGUUAAUUUGACAUAAAGUGUAUCCCAUCUAGCAGCGACCCGCGCGUCGUCGACUGCAGCCUUGCGUGACAACACCAGAAAAGGGGGAUUCGUGUUUCGCGUAAUGCUGUUUAUUCUGUCUCUCGACAAUUUGUUAAUCUCGAAGGGGGGGGGAAUCGUAUAUUUUCACGUUUAAUCGACACGUCGAACAAUGUAAAAUGUUCUAGUUUGUGUUGUAAAGUGGAUAAAAGUUAAGGAAAACCUUGAAAUGGAGGCUUGCUGAGCAAAAUGGCUGGGCGCACUGAAAUGUGAAACAUUUGUAAGGUUAAACAGUAUCGGCAGAAAUAACUGGCACGCAAGGGCGCAGAAAUACCUUCUUUUUCCACCUCUGGAUGUGAAACAUCACUAUAAAUAUCCCUAAAUAAACCUGCAAUCAUGGGUGAAUUCCUGAAAUACAUCGACUACGAUCACAAGACCAGUUUCCUGAAGAUGUUGAACCAGCAGAGGAUGGAAGGGGACCACUGUGACGUUGUGGUUGUGGUGGAAAACGUUGAGUUCAGAGCUCACCGCUGUGUCCUGGCCGCCUGCAGCAUCUACUUCAAGAAGCUGUUUAAAAAACAGAACGAUGUGGACAACUCCAUCGUGGAGCUCGACUUCAUCCGUUCAGACAUCUUCGAGGAGGUCCUCAAUUACAUGUACACCGCCAGGCUCGCCGUCCGCAAAAAGGACAUCAACCUCAUGAUGUCAUCCGGACAGGUCCUGGGGAUCACGUUCCUCGACAACCUGUGUUCACAGAAACGUGAGCCCAACAUGAAGCCGAGUCGUGAGAACCAGGCGCCAGGGGACGGUAUGAGAGCCCAGGAUGCCAUUUUGAAAGAGUUGGCCAUGGAGGAGGUGAGGAAGAACAGCUUCUACGAUGGAGGGAUGGAGGCCAUGGGCUCCGGGGGGCCUCACGGGGUCCCUCCUCACUUCGGCGGGAACAUGUCUAAAGACCCCCACAGCGCCCACGGCUGGACCUCCUCUUCCUCCUCCUCCAGCGAUAUGAAGCUUGACUACCUGCUGUACGGCCACCGCUCUGACGGCAUCCACCCGGGAAUGAAACCAGGCGGAGAAGGCCCCAAGAAAGACAAGUCCCACCUGGCCCACCGUCCGUUCGCUUGCGAGGUGUGCCCCAAAACCUUUACCACCCAGGCCCACCUCAAAGAGCACCUGAAGAUCCACACGGGCUUUAAACCGCACCGCUGCCUGGUCUGUGGCAAGGCGUUCAUACGAGGGCCCGACUUAAAGCGGCACGAGAGGGUCCACAGCAACGAGAGACCCUUCGGAUGCCAGAUGUGUGAAAAGGCCUUCAAGCACAAGUCCCACCUGCGAGACCACGAGCGGCAGCACCGAGGGGAGAGGCCCUUCAACUGCGGCUCCUGUGAAAAGGCGUUCAUCAAAGCGUCCGACCUGAAGCGCCACUGGAACACGAUGCACAGCCAGCGCAGAACGCUGUCCCCCGCCGCCGCCGCCCCGGGCAGCAUCCAGGGAGACACCGACACGCAGAGCCAGAGGGACUGGAAGCUAGAGGCUGGACCACACUCGUAAGGACAGACUGUUACACACACACACACCAAGCAUACAUAGUGACAGACACACACACCAAGCAUACAUAGUGACAGACACACACACCAAGCAUACAUAGUGACAGACACACACACACACACACCAAGCAUACAUAGUGACAGACACACACACACACACCAAGCAUACAUAGUGACAGACACACACACACACCAAGCAUACAUAGUGACAGACACACA